AUGGCGGGCAAGUACGUCACGCUUAUCUCGGCAGAGGGCUUUGAGUUUGUCGUCUCUCGUGUGGCCACGGACAUCAGUCCGGUGGUCAAGCGCAUGCUUGACCCCAAGAGCCAGUUCGCUGAGGCCCAGUCUGGCCGAUGCACGUUCCCUGAGAUCAGUGCCCCCGUACUCGAGAAAGUUGUCGAGUAUUUCCAGUACUGGUACAAAAACCAGAACAAGGAGGACGUGCCGGACAUGGAGAUUCCAACCGAGCUUUGUCUCGAGCUGCUGAUGGCUGCGGACUAUCUUGGACUGGACAAACUGGCGUAG